CGCACGUCGUUCAAAAGAAACGAUCAUGGCGGACGAAGAAGUAGGUGAUUCAAAUCUGUCCUCAAUCGUUGAUAAUGUCGCUGGGUUAACGGAAGAAGAGAAAAUCCAACUAUUGUCAGUCAUGAUCAAAGCUAAGGAACUAGAUGCCCAGGAAGAAAACAAGAUGAGGCAGCCCUUGGAAGGGCAACUGUUCAAGUACACAAAUGUAGUUAAAGGAUGGCAGUACCGGUGGUUUGUGCUCAACCCCGACAUAGGAAUGUUUGAGUAUUACAUGUUGGACGAAUUAAAAAAAGGGAGACCACGUGGGGCUGUUCACCUUGCCGGCGCAGUGAUUUCGCCCAGCGACGAGGACGGGCAAAUGUUUACCGUGAGCGCCGCCUGUGGAGAAGUUUACAAACUGAGAGGUCACGACGCAAAGGAGCGGCAGUUCUGGAUCAACCGGCUACGCAAGGUUGCGGAGGAUCACACCAAAACGAUAGCACAGAAAAACCCUCCGUUGCUGCCACGGGAGAUCCGGGGUCCCCACGAAGGGGCGGUGUCCUCGGAGAAAGGGGCCGGCACUGGGCAGGGCCACCAGGGUGGCUCGGCCAGCGCGCCCGUUUCACAGACAGUGUGGUACACUACGGCGGUGGGCGCUCCGACAGAGGCCACCACGACACCGGCAGAGGCCUUCACCUCGGUGCGCGAGAUCCUGGCACGGGCCGGAAGGAUGUACCACUGCCUGGCGCGAUCCAUCGAGAGCCUUCCAAGCCAUGGAUCGGGCUACAAGUUUUACGACCGGGACAUGCUGGUGCUGAAGGCGACCUCUUGUGCCACCGUCAUGUGCCUGGAACAGUGCCUGACCAUUCUACAGGAACACAAGGCCCAAGCUCCUGCUGGCCUCCCUGCUGGAUCUACGGUCGAGUGGCUCGAACCUCACUGCAGUGCAGGGGACACGACGGAUGGCAGCGACGACGCAGGUUUGAGCGGUGACUGGUCCCAGCCGCCCCCACACAUUCCCGCGGGGGGCUGUCCAGCCGCCGCAGUGGUUGGAGCCAACAGCUCGGGAGAGGUGUCAGACGGGGAGAGUGGAGAGGAGGAUGAGUCCAUCCCCACAGAGGAGAACAAGGACUCUAUUCUUCAGCUACUCUCCAAGCUCAAGCUGGGCAUGGACCUCACAAAGGUGUCGCUCCCAAGCUACAUUCUAGAGCCAAGGUCGCUCCUUGAGGUUUAUGCGGACUUCAUGAGCUACCCGGAUCUGUUUGUGAGAAUUGCCGACGGAACCACGCCAGAGGAGCGGCUUGUACGAGUGGUGGAGUGGUUCCUCUGUUCCCUGUACGCAACCCGGAAGAGCCAUUCAGCGCGGAAGCCCUACAACCCUGUUCUGGGUGAGAUGUUUCGCUGCUCGUGGCAGGUGCCCGGAAUGGGCGACGCGGGCCUGCAGGUGACGUUUGUUGCCGAGCAGGUGUCACACCACCCCCCAGUGAGUGCCUUCUACGUGGAGUGCAUGGAAAAGAAGAUGUGUCUCGAAGCGUCGCUGGGCGUCAAGUCCAACCUGAUGGGCAACUACGUCGGCAUGCAGUUCCUCGGAGAGGUGGAGCUGCGUCUGCUGUCUUUGGACGAGGUGUACGUGAUUGGACUGCCAACGAUGUACUGGCGCUCGCUGCUCAACCAGCCGUACGUGGAGCUCAACGGCCGUGUGAGCGUGACCUGCGGUGAUGCAGUCGCUCCCAUCACAUUUCACCCCAAGCCCUUCUAUGGCGGCAAGUUGCACUGUGUGUCCGGAGAGGUCAAGUCCGGCAGCGGCGACGUCGUCUGCAAGGUGUCGGGGGAGUGGGACGGAAAAUUGGAGCUGCAGUAUCCAGACGGCAACACCAGGGAGUGGCCGGUGAGGGAGCAGCAUCGCCAGCACAAGCGUUGCCGUCCAGUGGACGCCCAAGACACGUGCGAGUCCCGCCGGCUGUGGCGUCCUGUCACGCAGGCGCUCCGCUCGGGGGACCUCAUGCUCGCUUCGCACCACAAGUUCCAGAUUGAAGAGAGGCAGAGGGAGCUCACGAAAGGAAAGGAUGCUGCCGAAACAGAAAAUGGCCUACAAGCGCAGGACGCAAAGUUGUUCCGACUCGAAGGCAACAUGUGGAAGUACAAAUACAUCCUGAGCAAGGGCAGCUAGCCACAGAAGGCAGCCAGAAGAUUUUCCGCUAUUGGGAGAAGACGGCUGCGCGAGACACAACUUUUGCCUCCAGGGUAUUAUGAGGGGGCUUAAAGGCAAUUUUUGUUACCAUAUUUAGCUAUUUUCUCUGCCCUAAGUCAGCUAACGCAAGUGGCGAAUCGGAACACGGCCUUCGUAUGGUGCGAAUUCAUUCGUCAACUGGCUGUCGUGUAACCGAAUAUCAGGAAAGACAUUUAGUACAAGCUUGUUUGUUGCGGCAGAAACUGGAUAUGCCUCCUUGAUCGUGAAGCUUUUGUUUCUGUUUCUGCAGCCUUUUAACAAAAUAAUGAAAGUAAAAGUUAUUUGUAUAUGCAAUUUUGGAAGGAGGGGCAGGUCGAAUUUCUGGGCAGGAUUAAUGGAAUCCCGAGAAUCUCGACGCAAUUCAUCGCCUCCCUCCACACGGGUAGCAUCUCUAAGGACACGUCUAUUGUGAUAGACGGAAACCAUAUCACCUUUCUACCACUGCACCUUUUGUAAAUGUUCUUUUAUAAAAAAAACUUCUCUAAUAAAUUAUAAUGGCUUUGAAAA